AUGAAUUCAAUUUCACGCGCAAUCACUUCGCGUUUAAACGAGAUAUCCAAUAAACGGCAUCGAUUCGUUGGAGAAGAGAAGAGCUCAGACUUUGCUAAUCCUAGCUGGGCAUUUCCAACAACAAGCGAUUUCAACUGUUAUGAUCCACCCGAGCUGAUUAUAUCAGAGGAGGAGUUUAACGAGAUUAUCCCGCCUGCAAAUGGGGAGGAGCAGAAGAUUUCUUUAGAAGCAAAAACUCCGAACAACAUUUCAAAGAAGGUUACAUCGGUUGUUCGACGACUAUCGCCAUUUGGAUGUAACUGUAAUUCGUCCACAGAGAAAGAAAAAUAUGAGGAGAAGAGCGACGCACCUGAGGAAAAGAAAUCACAGAAAAUUUUCAAGGAAACGCGCGAAAAAGUGGACAGACUGAAAAAAUCGUUUAAAACAAAUGAACGACAGCAACUGAUCGAUUCGGACGAAGAACAAUAG